AUGGCCGCAUUUUCGAUGACUAAGGUCCAUACUGGUGGCUUUCUAAUGUCGUCCGUGUACUAUUGUCAUCAGUGCCGCAACCAAGUACCUCUUAGGAACACCGACAUGAUCUGUGGUGUAUGUGGAGGAGAAUUCCUCGAACAGAUAACUCCACCUCCUCGAGUUAUCCCUCAUGCUCCGUUCUCACAUUUUCGACAGCCUCCCGGAAGAGGGGCUCAUUUUCAUCAUCACCAUCAUCACCCACCAGCUCAACAGCCACAUGUACAGCAAGGGUCUAGUCAGAAUGCACCAGAGGUUUGUAAUUUCCCUGUAACGAGAACGAAAGAUAUUGAAAUGACCUUCUUUUCGAGUAUACUGAAACACCUUUCCGUCCUGAAAUGCCUUCAA